AUGGCCAACCUCUCGGACAUUGGACUCUACGGUUUGGCCGUCAUGGGCCAGAAUUUUGCACUAAACAUGGCAUCGCAUGGCUUCAAGGUGUCUGUAUGCAACCGAUCCCCCGAUAAGGUGGACGCUACAGUACAACGCGCCAAAGAUGAAGGCAACCUGCCCCUUGUAGGUUACAAGGAUCUAAAGGAAUUUGUGGACUCGCUCGCGCGUCCCCGCAAGAUCAUCAUCCUCGUGGUGGCUGGCAAGCCUGUGGAUUUGACAAUUGCCUCGCUCGCGGAAUUCAUGGAGCCUGGCGACAUCAUUGUUGACGGCGGCAAUGAGUGGUUUCCUAACAGUGUUCGCCGUGCCAGCGAAUUGGAGCCCAAGGGCAUUCACUUUGUGGGUAUGGGUGUUUCUGGUGGUGAGGAAGGUGCUCGCAACGGUCCUUCGCUCAUGCCUGGUGGUCCCAAGGAGGCUUUUGACGCGCUCGAGCCUAUUAUCACCAAGUGCGCCGCCCAGGUGGAUGACGGGGCUUGUACUACUUACUUAGGUCCAAUUGGAUCUGGCAAUUACGUUAAGAUGGUACACAAUGGGAUCGAGUACGGCGACAUGCAGCUUAUCGCGGAGGCUUACGACAUUCUUAAGAUUGCCGGCGGCCUUACGAACGAAGAGCUAGCAAACGUCUUUGACGAGUGGAAUAAGAGCGAACUUGAAUCAUUUCUAAUUGAAAUAACGGCUCAAAUUUUUGCGAAAAAGGACGAUUUGACGGAUGACGGCUACGUUUUGGACAAAAUUUUGGACAAAACUGGCAUGAAGGGAACCGGUCGCUGGACGGUGCAGGAAGCCGCUGAGCGCUCCAUUGCUGCCCCCACCAUCACUGCUUCUCUCGAUGCUCGAUACUUGAGCGCUCGCAAAGAUGAACGGGUGUUCGCCUCCAAAAUUUUGUCGGGUCCUUCUGAAAUUCCUGCUGUAGACAAGCAGCAGCUUAUUGACGACGUGCGUCAGGCCCUGUACGCUUCCAAGAUCUGCUCGUACGCUCAGGGCUUGAACCUCAUUCGUGAGGCGGGCUCCCAAUUGGGCUGGAACGUUGACCUGGGUGAGUGUGCUCGUAUUUGGAAGGGCGGUUGCAUCAUUCGUGCCAAGUUCCUGGACCGCAUCAAGGCAGCGUACACAAAGGACGCUUCGCUGAUUUCACUGCUGGUUGACCCGGACUUUGCUGCUGAAUUGCAGGCUCGUCAGUACUCAUGGCGCCGCGUGGUCUCGCUCGCUGUGGCUAGUGGCAUUCCUACUCCUUCGUUUGCAGGAUCGCUUAGCUACUACGAUACGUUCCGUCGCGAGCGUCUACCUGCCAACCUUACUCAGGCCCAGCGUGACUACUUCGGUGGUCAUACUUACGAGCGUACAGACCGUGAAGGUCUUUUUCACUGCGCCUGGUCAGCCGCCCACCACAGUAUUGGCGACGUCUCGGAACGCAUUCGUGGAAACCUUUAA